AGUCUGUAACUGAAACGAGACUGAGACUGAGACUGAGGAGGAGAAAGAUGGAUAGGGGUCGCCUAAAUUCCAGCAAUUCGCAGACACAAAACAAUAACAAUCCUAACAAAUGCCUAUGGUUCGACCGGCGCUACGGUCUGGUGUAAGUCGUCGGCGAUGACUCUUGACUCAUCUAUACUUUCUGGAGUACUUAUUAGUACUACAACUAGGUAUGAUGUUUGGAAAGACCCACAGGAAGAAGCUUUAUCGGGUGCCCGUGGAAUGUUCUGCAUCUUGCCUCUCACUCAAACCUUCAUAAAUUCUGCUUCUCAUGCGAUCAACCUCACUGCAACAUCCGCUCUGCAACUUCUUGAGAAGCCAGACCUAUUUACACCUGAAGCUCUGAAGUUAAAACUGAAUGGUCUAGUGCAAAGAAUUACAUCUUGUAUGAAGAAGCCACAGUUUGAUUUGCCUAUACUAAGGAGAAGCCCGACAUUUUCAUCUACUCCACAUGGAGAAAGAAAUGAAUUGCAUAAUGCAUAGCAGUCAUGAGGACGCUGACAUUUGCUUUUGUACUCUAAUAUAUUGUUUCUUCAAAGUAUCAAAAUUUGUUACAACUGACCACCACAUGGUGCAUUACCUCAUCCAUAUGCAUUUUGGUUGGUUGCAGCAAAGCUCUAUGCGAUUUUAGAAGUUUCAUCAUGGAUCGAUAGUGAUGACUUAAGAAUCCAGUGAAGUUCUACGGUCAGAAUAUUAGUUCAUGAGUGAUAAAUGUUUCUAUUUUCUGAUGUAAGUUUUCCAACUGGAAUAGCAGUUAUUAGUAAUGAAACGCAGUCUUGAGAUAGAAUCUUGGUUGAUUGUUUAAUGAGAUGUCUGAUUUUCAUCCCUCCA